AACCCGGUACCGAUGCAGAUUUCGCAGGCUGGCUCAGUUGGUUUUGCAGAAGCUGUGCCAAAAAUGUAUGAACUCGAAACGGCUCAGGCCGUCGUGGCCGGAGGAAGAUUUGCGUAGCCCGUUGUUGUAGCAGCUGCAUGUGGAAGAUCACGACCGCCCGCCUUCCAUCGGACGAUUCAUAGCACUCGAGGAGCAGAUCUCAUUGCCCCAUUCUCGCCGGUCCUACCUGUCAGUCCAGUGCUCUCCCAUGGCGAACUCCCAGCCCUCCUCCUGGCUCGCCGCCGUGGCGGCCAAUGCCGCCGCCAGACCAACCAUCCUCCACCGCGCCCACGCCGCCCUCAUCACCUCUGGGCACCUCUCCUCCUGCACCUUCGUUAACUCCCUCCUCCGCGCCGCUCGCAUCCCCGCUGCCUGCGCCCUUCUCCUCCGCUUCCUCCUCCUCCACCGCCUCCCGCCCGACCACCUCUCCCUCUCCUUCUCCCUCCACUCCUGCACCCGCUCCCCCUGCCUCCCCGUCGCGAGCCUCCUCCACUCGUUCGCCGUCAGGCUUGGCCAUGCCCGCGACGUCUACGUCCUCAACGCUGCCGUCUCUGCCUACUUCAGGGCCACUGACGUCGCCUCCGCCGAGCGGCUCUUCUCCUACACAAAGGAUGUCGCCGACGUUGUCACCUGGACGACCAUGGUCACCGGGCAUGCCAACGCCGGCGACGUUGCGCGUGCGAGGUGGUUCUUCGACGCCAUGCCUGAGAGGAACGUGGUUUCCUGGAAUACGAUGCUGGGCGCGUACGCGUCCGCCGGGAUGCUGUCCAAGGCGCGGAAGGUGUUCGAUAUAAUGCCCAGCCGGAAUGCUGCCUCGUGGAGCUCGAUGGUUACCGGGCUCGUGCAGUCCAAUCAGUGUGAGGAGGCGUUGAGGGUGUUCAGUGAAAUGAUCGGAACAGGUGUCGUGCCGAAUGAGGCUGCACUGGUGAGCGCUGUCUCAGCGUGCUCGCUGCUGCGGUCAAUAGAGCACGGCAUGUGGGUACAUGCGUAUGCCAAGCGGGAGCUGAAUGGGAUGAGCGUCAUCCUCGCCACAGCGAUUGUUGACAUGUAUGGUAAAUGUGGGGGUAUCCAUAAUGCCGUCAGGGUGUUUGCUGCAAUGCCAGUGAAAAACAUCUACUCAUGGAACUCGAUGAUUACUGGGCUCGCCAUGAACGGCAGGGAAAUGCAGGCCUUGUCACUCUUCUGGAAGAUGCAGAUGGCUGGUGUUCGACCUAAUGAUAUAACCUUCAUCGGGUUGCUGGGCGCUUGUAGCCACUCAGGUCUUGUCGAUGAGGGCCGCUGGUUGUUCAACAAGAUGGUUAAUGGCUUUGGAAUCCAGCCACUCCAAGAGCACUACGGCCUAAUGGUUGAUUUACUCGGUCGGGCGGGUCAUGUUAGGGAGGCAGUGGAUUUUGUCAACAGCAUGCCGGUGGAGCCGCAUCCGGGCUUGUGGGGUGCGCUUGCUGGCGCCUGCAAGAUCCAUGGUGAGGUGGAGCUUGGUGAGGAGAUUGCCAAGAAGCUCAUUGAACUGGAGCCCCGUCAUGGUAGCCGGUACAUCCUCCUGUCAAACAUAUAUGGUGCAUCAAACAGAUGGGAUGACAUGGCCACAGUGCGCAGGCUCCUUAAGGAGCGCAAGAUCCCCAAGGGCACUGGCAAUGCCAUGGUUGGUAAUGAUGGUCAGUCUAUGAAAUCCAUGCUAGGUUAGUAUUCCUGUAGACAGUGACAUGUCAGGAGCUUACUGACUGGGUGGCAUGAGGUUGAUUACCCUCCAUCCACCUUGGAGACAUCAUUGUGCUGAAACAAACCUCCAUAGGGGAGAAAUGUUUGAUUUAUGUGUUAGUAUAUGCCUGAUUUUUUAUGCUGCACACUGAAAUCAACAUGGGGCAGAGCUGCAAAAUCCUGUCAAGAAGCCAAUAGUUCUUUGUAUUUAAAUACUGUCCUGAAGAUGCAGAAGCUCAGAAAAUAUGCACCUAAGGACUACGGCAUGCAUAUUUGUAAUAGAAUUAUGAUGGGAAGAGGCGGGAGCAGAAAAGCCAUCAUGAGGCUCAGGUUCAUUGAAUAAUUUCUUGCAACCUUUCCGUAUGCUUUUUUUUACUCUAUGCUUGAAUCAGAUGUAUGCAAACCACUCGAGUAUUGUCGUGGAUAUAUGAUGUUUAUGUUCUAUCCUGC